AUGGCUUAUGAGCGAGGCAUCCAGGAGCGGCGCAAACAAAGGCGCGUGCGCACCAUCUUCACCAGCGCGCAGCUGAAAGCGCUCGAGCGCGCCUUCGCACACACUCACUAUCCUGACAUCUACACGAGAGAGGAGCUCGCGCAGGAGAUCCAGCUCACUGAAGCCCGAGUCCAGGUCUGGUUCCAGAACAGACGUGCUAAAUUCCGCAAACAGGAGCGUGCCGCCUCAUGGACUGAGUCUUCCUUAAAAACACACAGCUCACCUUCUCACGACAGCUCUGAAACAGCGAGCGGCACAGAUCCAGACAGCACACAGCCUUCUCUUCCCCUCACAGAGGACCAGAAGCAGGACAGCAGAGACAGACUGCCUUUAGAGGAGCUGCCUCUGUUAUUAGGCUUAACUUCUCUUGAAGCACAGAGGCAGCGGGGUCAUCAAACUCCCUGUAUUGCUUCUGUGUGCCUGUGUUGA